AUGAAACGAAACUUGUGGUUCAUUGCUUUGGUUUUGGUUCUCUCUUUGGCGAUUUUGUCUUGUGAAGCUUCAAAUCCAUCAUACGUAGUUCGCAAGCUUUUGAUUAUAGGAACACCACCUAGUAGUUCAAGACCCGCAGGCCAACAUUAG